AUGCCAACUCAACCCAGGAGCCACAGCCGAGAAGAUUCUCUCUCAGUUCCUGAUACUUCAGAUCCUCUUACCUUCACUGGUUCUGUUGUCGGCUCUAUUUCCCGCCGAAAUCGUCGCUCUUUUGCUGCUAUAGCCCAGAAGACCUCAAGUGCCUUCGCUAGUUUCUCUACGCAGACCUCACUACGUUCUUCAAACUCCAACGUUAGUUUGUCGAGAUCUAGGUUCUCUGGCGCAACCCCUUGGACCCCGCCAUUUGACGAAAACUACGUGCAAUUGACGGAAACCUCUCGCCCUUGUUCUCCGGCCUUGGUCGACGCCCUCUCAAAUCCGCCACAGAAGCGUCCUCUGACUCUGCAGCGUCUUCCUACACCUCCCCACGAAAACAGAACUUCCCCGCCCGGCGGACCACCCAAAAUGCAUCAGACAUCAUCUAGGUUAUUGCGCAUGACAGAGGAUGAGCGCCCUUUCACAAAGGAUUUCAUGGACUUGUUCUCCACUUUGAUGGUCAGCUUGAAGUUAGAUUCACACCGUGUCCGUUUCACAAGAUAUGAUCACACAUUCACCUCCGAAGAGGCUAUCAACAACUUGGGCUCGCUCAAGUUCUCUCAAUCCAAUCGCAUGCCCGACCCCAAGGACCCCUCCCGCAUCGUCACAACUACUACAACCACCACUUUCUCCAUGGCCAAGGAAAUGGCCCGCUCCGUCUGCCAACGAUUUGUCGAUGCGCGUUUUAUUGAAUCAGUUGACGGGAAAGCGCUUCCGAUUUUUCCGCUCAAGGGCGCUCUUUUCCAGCUUACCCCAAAAGGAAUCAACAUCCUGCAGCGUUUCUGCCAGCGGAACGGUAUCACCGCCCGUCACGUGAUGGAUGUUUUGGAGUCACCACGCAACACCAUGCAGUUGGUCAACUUGGAACGUGACACGGAUACUGACAAGCUGUCCCACGAUCGCGCAACAAUUGAAGUCAUUUUCCGCCGUUUUGCUGGCCAGGAUGGCCCCAACGUUAAGAGCAGCAUUUCAACCUCGGACUCAGACUCCCUCAGUGACUACACUAACGGUCUGGUUGGUGUGAAGGUGGCUCGGGAACGUAAACUUCAGGAUGGCAAGGUCUAUAGCAACACUUUCACUGGAAAGGCAUCGGUGGAUUGGUUGAUGGAUUGUUCGACUACAAUUGAGCGCCGAGAGACUUGCUUGAUCGCUGAGCUGUUCCUGAAGUACGGCUUGAUCACAAUGAUUCAAGACGAUAAAUCCUUCCCUGACAUUGGCACCAAUGCUCACUUCCAACCCUCCAAGUACGCCAUCUAUGGAAUUACCGAACGUGGACAGCGCGUAUGUGGAUGGAUUGCCCGCGAGAAGUCCCGCGAGACCGCGCAGGCAUACGACAGCCGUGGUAUGCCGCGGGAUUCCAACAACGCCCGACUGACGCACAUCCUUCAAGAUCCUGCUUUGCGUCUGCUUUUCCGCGAGUUUCUUCGCUACUCCCUUUGCGAAGAGAACCUGUCAUUCUACCUCGAUGUUUCCGAGUUCACUGCCAACUACCACAAAGCCGAGAAGAUGGGCACAUUCAACAAGAUUGACUCCGUUCGGGAAACUUUGGCUGCUGCGUAUGGAUUGUACAAUGCAUUCUUGGCCCCUGGAUCUCCUUGCGAGUUGAACAUCGACCACGCCCUCCGCAACAGCUUGGCUAGCCGUAUGACCAAGGCCGUUGGAGACGACGAGUCCAUGUUCAAGAGUCUGCAGGAGGUUGUGCACCUGUUCGAGCUUGCUCAAACAUCCGUGUUCAAGUUGAUGUCCAGCGAUUCCGUUCCGAAAUUCCUACGCGAUCCUAAGUACGCUGUCGUUCUUCAAGAACACGACGUGGACAUCAUGGGAGGUUCGCGUUCAUAUUCGCCCACACCAGGCCCGCCCUCCAUCCCAGAACGCAGUAUGAGCCGUUCGGCCCGCGCCUGA